AUGUUUAGAAGAUCCAAAUCUACAAAACCGCCCUCAUUUCACAAACAAAGAGGAUCAACAGUUAGGAUUCAGUCUCCAGAGCCGAAGCUUAAGAACACGAAACCAAAAGAAUCACCUUUUGUUCAGGAGCUCGUGCUCACGGGAAGACCUAACUGGGACAAAGCGCCUCCACAAUUAAAACAAAGAUACAAAGGUAUAUUUCUUGUUCUUUUAUCAGUUCCGGUAAUAUUUAUCACCAGCUUUGAAAUGUACCAAAGACUUGAAGGACAAUCAACAAAGAAGAUACAACAGGGAGAAAAGUUGCCAAAUGGUGGGAAUAGAGAUUUUGAUGAGAUCGAAAAAUACAAGGUGGAGAAAGAAUCUGUUAUGUACAAAUUAUUUGGAAGAGAUUUCUUUUUGGAUGGAUUUACAAGUAAGACAAUGAAGGCUGAUAACGAUGACAAAAACAGGUAA